CAAAAGCGUGAUGCCAAAAAUAAAAAUAAACGUCGCUCUACUGUGUAAAAUUUUCUUGUCCGAUUUCAAAUUAAAAAUAAACGCAGAGAACCAAGUCAAAUUCACAUAGUAAAUAGUUGUAAAGGUACCUGGAUCAAAUUUGCAUCGGAAGUUAAUAAAAUUCUUUGUCGGGCAAUUGUAUUUCAACGUUAAAUUGUCAAAUCAAUUUAAGCAGCAAAGCUAUAAAAUAGGAAAUUUUGCACUGUGUUGAAAAGGUGGGCGAAAUUACGCAUUUCGUUUUGGCUUAAUGGUGGAUUCGAGAAAAAGAAACAAGUACAAAAAGAAAUUGGCAAAAUUGUGAAAACAAAUAUUCGUUCAACGCGUGGUGUUAUGAAGAAACAGGCGAAGAUAGUAAGCGAUAAUUCAAUUGUAAAACAUCAAAAAUUUAAGCGGGUAUCGAAAGAAUAAAUAAAAUUUAGUAGAGUGGCAGUCAAAAUGGAAAAUAAGUGUAACAAAACUCCAAAUGCCAACAAUAAAUAUAUGGAUCAUGUUUACUGUCACCCAACGGAAAGCAAGAACUACAUUAGAGCUAAUAACAAUGCGGGGGGUGGUGGCGGCGCUGCAUCAGUAGCAAAUGCAGAUUACUUGGCGCUUAUAAAAGAAAACAAACAACUACGUGCUAUGUUGAUACUCCAUUUGGACUUAAUACAAGCUCAAAGUGAUCAACUUCAAGUUAAGGACAAACAACUUGCAGCCCAAAAUGAGGAAAUUGAUGGAUUACGUUCAAAGAAUCAGCAGCUUGAAACGCAAGUCCAGGAGUUACAGAAACAACUACAACGUCAUAUAAAACGAACGGCGAAUUCGCCACCACCAUUGGCAAAAAUACAACGCAAAGCAGAACCCAUGCUGGCAAGUCGUAUGUCUCCUGUAACAACGGCAACAGUGGCAGCUCCUGGUGGACAAAAUAUUAUAGGCGAGUGCAAUGGUAAACUUAUAAGUAAAAUUAUAUUGCAUCGUGUUAGUCUGCCUGAUCAUAGCCCGAAUUCCACCACAACCGGUACUUCGGACACUACAUCCGAGGCGGAUGACAGUGCAGCUAGCAAGACACAAGCGGAACAAGAUGAAAAUGACGAAUAUGCAGAAGAAGAAGAUGAUGGUGACAUGGAGGAAGCCGGCGAAACUACCGGUAAUACCACCGAGGAUAGUAACGAUGUGGUUUCGGUACAUUCUAAGCCGCUUGAACAGCAAGUAAUGUCGCCUAUACAUGUCACGCGUGGUGCUAAACCUAUCCGACAAUUAACCACACCUGUAACAACAGUUCCGGCUACAACAAAUGCUUCGAUGCCUGCAGUACCAUCUUUGGUCCCCACCAUUACAACGACAACAACCACAACCCAAGUAUGUGUUACGCCACCAACACCAAGUCGAGGCAAACAAAUGCCGCUAAUGUUGUGGCAUGCACCAGAUCUACAAUCUGAUGAAUCUGCAAGCUGUGAAUCCCUUGGUGAACACUCUGAUCAGCGAUCUAUGGUUGCAUCGCCAGCUUCACCGAAAAUUGAAAAUCAGUCAAAGAAAGCAAAGAACAUCACAACUCUUUCGCUACGCAGCAGUACACACUUACAAACUCAACUACGGCAAAACAAAUCUCGUCGUUGUGCUUACAUAUCCACGGACCAGAUGUAUUGCACACGUGCAUGGGAGGACGAAGAGAUUGUGGCCGAUGGCUAUGAAUUUAUGAAGGAAGAAGUUGAAGCGCUACACGCUGAUGCACCAAUGUUAGAGAUACCCAAAUGGACAGAACACGAACUUACGGUAUCCUAUUGCAUUGAGGGAACCGAAAAUUUAUCCGACGAAGCAUUCCUUAAACGUCAUGAAAAGUUAGAAUUAGCGGAGAAGCGCCGAAAAAAAUGGGAUGUGCAGCAAAUACGUGAACAGCGACGCAUAGAAAAAUUGAAGCGACGUCACUGCAAGGACGAAAUCCAAAUACCACCCGAUCAACAACCGUUAUUGAGUUUUUAUCCACAACCGGACGCAAUACAAACCAUUUGCUUUACUAAUGAACUACCUGUGCAGGCCUUUGGCGAGCUCGUACCAAAAUUGAGUGCACUAAAUGAUUUCGACUUGCCAUGGUUAGAUGCAUUGAAUAGCACACGCACACCAGGAUCAUCAGCGACGGGGUCGAUAGUCACAUUGGCACAUAGUCAAGCCGGCUCAAAUAUUUCGUCAGCGCAGGGGCAACAACAGUUAUUAAACUCAACUUUUGUUUUUGUAAAAAAGCGCAAACGUCAACAAAGCGGUACAACUGGCGGCACAGGAAGCGCACAAACGACACGGCAGCGCGGUGCAUUACGCAGGUCAGCGGCUGUAACAGCGACGCCAGCUGCGGCGGCAGAACAAACUGUGAUAGCACAACCAGCCAUGACGGAAACUGCGAUAUCAACGGCUUCGUCAGCAUUACCUAAUCGUAAUUUGUCGACUGUAACAAAUGAGAAAGUCAGCGAGGGACCGUCAAAGUAGUUAAACUUCUUCGCCGCUUUCAACAGCGUCUAUAUUUAUAUGUUUGAAAAAUUUCGAAGCUACUUGCGGAACUCAUGUUGGUCUGAGAAAAGUUAGAAUUAAUUUCUACUUGAAUUGUGUUGCAACACCAUGCAUUAGCAAUUUAAUUUGUUUUUUUUCCUGUAAUACUUCUUCUUUUACUACAAUAUCAACACAUAUGUAUAUACAAAUUGUAUAUAAGAAUUUAUAAUUUAAUAUGUUCAUUGUUCAUAUUUUUGAACUUAAUAUAAAAAACAAAACCACCAAUAUAGGCAUAAAAGUGCAGAUCCACCUACUAGUUUUGGCAUUUUUUUAAGCUAAAAAUGAAACCCCUGCAACUAAGAACUCUACCAAUUUAAUGGACGUUGCGUUUAGAAGCUUACUUACGUUUGUAAAUAUUUUCGAUUUAUAUAUAAAAAAUUAUAUAGCAGAUUUAUUUAGCACGUCUUGACAACGUAAUAUUUUUUUGUGUAUGUCUAAAUAGCUAACACAAAAUUUUGAAACGAUAUAAAGUAAUUUAGUGAUAGCUUCAAAAGUAAAAAGUAGAAAAUUCAAAUAUACGAUAUACAUAUGAAACGUACUUGAAGAAAUGUAGCGCGAGAUUUUUAAGCUUAAAACACAAAUAACUGUGGUCCAAAAGUAGCUUAAAUUUUUUUUUUUUUUUAGUAUAAUAUUGGAUAAGGCAAGAGAAAACCAAAUUAGUGCCGAAUAACUUGUAUUUAUGUGUGCGUACAAUGUGUAGAGCGUGACAGUGGUCUAGAACGCCACUAAAUUUUUAAUUUAUUUAACUUGAAUUGUGUUAUAAAAAACAAUAUUUUUUCUUUGGGUUUUGUGAAAAAU